UUUAUAUAUAUUUCUUUUUUAAAAAUAAACCCCAAAUGAGCGAUCAACUUACACAAGAACAAAUCACAGAAUACCGUGAAGCAUUCCAACUUUUUGAUAGAAAUGGAGAUGGCAGUAUUAGUGCAACCGAGCUGGGUGUUGUGCUUCGUUCUUUUGGUAUGAACCCAAGCGAUGCUGAACUACAAGAUAUGGUAAAUGAUGUUGAUGCAGAUGGUAAUGGUCAUAUCGAUUUCGAUGAAUUUUUGAGUCUUGUCAAGACAUUAAAGACUGAAAAUGAUACGGAUGAUUUACAAGAGGCAUUCAAGGUGUUUGAUGCCGAUGGUAAUGGUGUCAUCGACCGUAAUGAGUUACAUAAAGUCAUGUCCUCUUUAAACGAGUCCUUAUCCGAGCAAGAAUUAGAUGCUAUGAUUAAGGAAGCAGAUAUCAAUGGUGAUGGUCAAAUCAGCUUUGAAGAAUUCAAGGCAAUGAUGGGCGGCAAAUAAAUAUAUAUAAAAAAGCACCCACUUUUUUCUGUAGUCAUAUAAAUUUUACCUCUCUUUUU